AGCAGCAGCAGCAGCAGCAGGAGCAGCAGAAGCAGCAGGAGCAGGAGCUCAUCAUCAGCUGCCAUCAUCGGCAGAAGCAGCUACAAAAAAUCAUCAGCCGAUCCCAGUCAUCGACAUCACAGUCAGCGACACCUCCUGCGGCUGCAGUGCAUCAAUUGAAGCAGCAGCAAUCCCUGCCCAAUUCACUGCCCCAAUUGCAGCCAACCAACGAGUCGCACUCGCAUUUGCACUUACAAUCACCACAUCCUCAAUCACAUCCGCACUCGCAUCCGCAUCACGGCUCCAAGUCGGUGUCGAUACUCGUAUACAAGACGCUGAACACGGUCUUCAAGAGCAGCCGAAAGAUCAUCGUACGCGUCUGUGAGGUGGCCAGUGCCAAGAAAUCCUUCACCAUGUUCAAAUUCAACAAGGCUGCACAGCAGCAGCGACUCGAUAAUCGCGCCAGCGCCGUCACAGGACACGAUUGUUUUGUCAAGCCGCCGGUGCCGGAAAAGAAAGUAAAACACAUCAUGAAGAAGCUGCACAAGGCGAACGGAUUGAAGCGAUCAAAUUCGGCAAUUGAAUUCGAUGUCUCAGCGCUGACAGCCGCCAAUCGACGCCAAAUCUACAGUAGCAACCGGUCGGCCAGCUCGGAGCAAGAUAACUCAGAUCAGUCCGAACACUCGGAGAAAUCGCCACUGGUUAGCGCGAGGUUAGACAAUCUGGCUAGGCUCUUUUUUAGCAAAUCGAUGCCAGCGGAAAGCGGAAGUAGAGAUACUAUAGAUUCAGUACUAACAACAACAAGACCAAACAUAAAGUAUCAAUACUCAGCGCUUGACAGCGGCAAUGGGAUUGUGGAGCGAAGUCCCCGGGAGCGAGCACAAAGGGAACGGGCGUUGAAUGCCACCCAGGAAUGGAUACAGAGCGCCAAUGGACGCUACGAGGUAAUCGCACAUCUCGAUGAGAUCGGCUCGAGGCAUGGCAAGAACUGGUUUCUCGUCACGGAUGCAUCGGUGCGCACGGAUCGUUUGUUGACGCUGCUGCCGCUGCCCACGGAUUGUGUGGCCUUUGAGGAUCUGCCACCGGAUGAAUGCGCACGAGAUAUAUUGAUGGAGCUGUUGGGUUCGCUGCAUCAUCCGUACAUUUAUCCGGUGCUGGAUUUGGGAUUCUUGCGCAACAGCUCACACAAUUAUGCCUGCCUGGUAACACCCUUCAAUUCGCGUGGCAGUCUUAAAGAUCUCAUCUAUAAGGCACAAUGGAACGAACCCUGGGCGCGAAAAUAUACACGGAAGCCAAAUGGUUUGCCCGUGAGUCAAGUACAGCGAUUGGGUCGCCAAAUUCUGGAAGCGCUGCUCUUCCUUAAGGAGCGCGGAUUCCCACUUCAUGGUCAUCUGCACAGCGGCAAUGUUAUUCUACAGAAUGGAGCAGCCAGGCUGUCGGGCUUGGAGAAUGGUCUGCUGGGGCUCAGCUCGCGCAAUAAUGCCGUUAUGUGGUCUCGUUCCGUAACGGAUAUCGAGAAUGUGGACAUCGUCUGCUUUGGCCAUUUGCUGUUUGAAAUGUGCACCGGUCAGGAGAUGACCACACCCAAACCGUCCAUGCGGGUGCUCGAAAUGGAGCUACAGCAUUAUCCGCAAAUUGGCCAGGUUCUGGAAAUAUUAGGCCUUAUUUUUGAGCCGCCCAGCGGCGUUUGCCCCUCCGUCGAGGACCUAGUCCUAUGCGAUCUAUUCCGCAGCAUCGAUUUGCGAGAGCUGCGCGGUCCCUGUUUCAGUACAAUCAAGCCGAGCCUUAGCCGAUCCACGCUGAAUCUGCUGCAUGCGGUAAAGAAGCGACAAUGUGCCUCUUUGGGCAACUCCUUCAGUGAGGCAAGUUCACCCUGCACCCCGCCCUCGACGCCGCAUGAUCGACGCACUGGCAUCAGCCGCACAAUGGACUCCUUUGACAUAUCCAGCGACUCCGAGGAGGCGCUGCUCGAGGAGAUUGUUGUCGGGAGCAGCUGUCAACUGAGGAGUCUUCAGCGCUUGCAGCGCUAUCAGCACUGGUAUUCCACUCCCGGAUACAGCUACGGCUCAGCUUCGACUCAUUAUGAGCCGGAGGAAUCACCCAUACACUACUGUGACCAGGCGGAUAUGCCCGAGCAGCCCACAAUACGCUGCAGCAGCAGCAGUCAAAGCAAUUUAAAUAUAAUCAACGAUGAGGUGGAGGAGCUGGAAGAGCAAAACGAGCAGGAGCAGUUGAAGCGGGAGCAGCAACUGGAGGAGCAGCAGGAGGAGGAGGGGGAGCAGCUGGAUCACGCUGCUGUUGCCAGUGGUUCAAGUGGCACCCAACGUUUAUAUGCCUCCUCCACCAACAACACCACGACAAGCUGCUCAUUCAAUCAUCAACUCACCGCCGACAUGUGCAACUACAAAAACUCGAAGAGUCGCCGCCUCGAAUACUCUCUCAAGUGCCUCAAAUAUGGACGCAGUAAUCCCUCACAGGAUUCCGCCUUCGGCUCUUUAACAGACAAUGAUUUGUCCAUUGGUUCUACGGGCAUACGUCCGAAUAGUUUCCAAUCCAUCUCCUCACCCAUCGAUGAGGGCGUCGAGGAUAUUAUUAUAGCGACGACAACAGGUCCCAAUGAGACCUGCUUGGAACUGGCAACCAUUCCACGUAGCAUGGUCUCCCAGGAUUCGGCCAUCUCCUCGCCUUGUCGCGAAAGUUCACCCAACAAUUUUUUGCACAUCGAUGAUGCUGGCUCCGCAACGGGUUCAACUUCAUCCGGUUCGGCUUGCAAUUCACUGGGGCAUAUGCGACCCCAACACUUUCCCGUCUCCCUCUCCCCGAAGAUACUCGUGACGGCCACAAGUAAUUCCAGCAAUUCCUCGCUGGCAUCCAGCACAAAUGGACAGCAGCAGCAACUCCAACUCCAGCAGCAACUCCAAUUUGAUCCGCCCAAAAUCCUCGUCAAUGAUCAGAAUUCUAUAUACACCACAUCGCCAUCGAAACGUUCCAGCAUGAUUGAGGUCUUUUCACAGAAAUAUAGGGUUAGCUCCUUUGAGGACAUGUCCCCAAAGAGAACCAGUUCCUCAGAUAAGCAUCAUCUGAAGCACGUGAAUCGUUUGGCUUUCCGUUCACUGGAAGAGGAGCGACGCAUAGAUAAUGCCUUUAUGCCCAUGUCGGAUCGCACACACUCCGACAAUCGUGUCAAUAUGCAGAGCGAAAAAUAUAAGAAACUAACCCAUGCCUCGUUCCGGAUUAGCAAGACCCGCACACAGGAUCAAUCACCCACCAACAUGGAGCUGCAGCAAGGCACUCGGUGCAGCAGUUCCAGUCAAAAACAGACCCUCUGGCGCGAUAGUAAGUUAUAUCGCAAGAACCGCAUAGCGAAGAGCAAUGAUUCGCUGCUGGAACAAUCGCCACAUCUCAGCUCCAAUCCCAGCUCCAAUCCCAGCUCAAAUCCCAGCUCAACUCGCCUCUCCCCCAACAGUCGUCGUUCCCUCAGCGGCAGCCAGCAAAUGUUGAGUGUAACAACGAGUUUUUGUGGUACCGCCACAGGACCUUCUCGCCGGUACUGCAGCUCCAAAAGUGAGGAUCUGGGUGAAAGUUUAGAUUAUUUGCGGGUGAUGGAUGCACGUAAAUCGUAUUCGGAACGGCAUCUGGUGCGGCUUAAGCAGACGGCUAUUAAUAAUACGCAUAGCGGGAGUGAGGAUGAGAUAUCCUUCAGCGAGGACAAUAAUGCGAGGACGAGGUGCAAUCAUCAUCGGAAGACGACCAAUCUAAAGAGCACAUCUCUGGCCAUGCUCGAUGGCCCAACGAAUUUAUGCAAUCUAAAUCGAGUCUCCGCCCAAGCUUCAACAACAACAACAAGAACUGCCAACAACUAUUGCAACCCAUCCAAAUCCCUCGAUCAAGCACUCAACACGACCAGCAUGAAAAGCAUAAGAAGCACGAGGAGCACGACUAGCACGAGCAGCAGCAAUAAUAACAGCUCCUUGGAUGAAUCAUCGCCAUCGCGGCGCACUUUGAGCGGCAUUGAGUUGUCCCGCAUCUUUGUAAUGGACAUGGAGCAGGCAGCGGCGGCGACGGGGGCGGCUGCUGGGGGUGCCGGUAGCAGCGAGGAGAAGACGCCACUGCUCGACAGCGUCGAAAUGUCACCAAUAAGUCCAACCGAACCGCAAUCAGAGCUUGACAAGCUUUAAGCUUAAAGCGAACACUCACAAACAAGAUAUGCAGAAGCUCGACAAGCUUUAAGCCCUAUUUUGAGAUCGAAGAAAAGUUAUCGAUAAUCGAUAAGCUCCUUAUAGAAAAACGUUGUAAAACAGGUCAAGAAAUUUUUCAUUUAUAUAACCCGAAUCUAUUACAAAUGUGUAAAAGGCUAUAAGAUUUAAAUUUUACUGUUGACUCACUGUUAACCCACUGUUCAGUCACUAUUAAUUCACUGUUAAAUCGCUGUUAAGCUGUUUGGAUUUUGUGAGCAGCUUUUGGACGAUGUCAAUACAAUUAAUUAAUAUAUUUUGACGGCCAUUAUUGGCAAUUCUUCUCGACCAUUAAAAAAUAAAUUAUUUUAAACUUAAAAAUGUGUACUUAGAAAGACCGUAGAGAUGAGAAAAUUAAUUAAUUAAUUUUUGUUGACUCUCAU